CGCGAAGUCGGCAGAGAGGGGCUUUUGUAUUCUAGCUGCUAACCCAAAGUACACCUUUAUAAACUUGACCAGGGACUACUAUAAUAGGGUAUGAUAUAUGUGCUGGCUACAAUUUAAGAAGAAAUAUUCUGUAUACAGCUUCUGGAUGCAAUUGGACGACCGGCCUUUAUUAUUUCAUCACUUCCGGCUUCAUAGUAUGGCGAGAUAGUCUUAUUUGUUUUCGCUUUUAACUGUCAGCAAGAUAACAGACCGCAGACUAAACGUAUCAUUUGAUGAAGUGACUGAAACGGCUUCCGACAGUCAAGCGGAUAGUAACGGACUGGUGAACUACGUUUCCCAGAGUUCCCCUCGGCGGUUGUGACGUAGCGCGACAGGUUCUUAUACGUGCGUCGGCCGGAUGUUAAUUCUUUUUCCUUACAGCCAAGAUGGCGGGAGAACAGCCCGUUAAGAAGGCCCGGAAGCACCAUUGCAGUCGCAACCCAGUACUGGCCCGGGGUAUUGGGAAGUAUUCCCGCUCUGCCAUGUAUGCUAGGAAGGCCCUUUAUAAACGCAAGUUCAAGGCCCCAAAGACUAAGAUUGAGAAGAAAAAGGAUAUACCUAAAGUAACUGUAACCAAGACAGUUGGUGGAGAUAAAAAUGGCGGUACCCGUGUGGUGAAGUUGCGUAAAAUGCCCCGUUAUUAUCCCACGGAAGAUGUUCCCCGAAAACUGUUGAGCCAUGGAAAGAAGCCUUUCAGCCAGCACAAACGCAAGCUGCGGUCUUCAAUCACUCCUGGAACAGUCUUGAUUCUUCUCAAUGGACGCCACAGGGGAAAGCGUGUUGUCUUCUUGAAACAACUUCCAACUGGCCUUCUACUUGUAACAGGGCCCUUGGCUAUAAACAGGAUUCCUCUAAGGAGGGCUCACCAAAAGUUUGUCAUUGCCACAUCUACUAAGGUCGAUAUCUCAACUGUCAAGAUUCCCAAGCAUCUAACAGACUCCUACUUCAAGAAGAAGAAGCUGCGCAAACCUAAGCAUCAGGAGGGCGAGAUCUUUGACACUGAGAAAGAGAAAUAUUCAGUUACACAACAGCGCAAAGCAGAUCAGAAAUUUGUGGACUCUCAGCUCUUGCCUCUUAUCAAAAAAGAGCCUCAGCUACGGGGCUACCUGCGUUCUGCAUUCUUCCUGUCAAAUGGAAUGUACCCUCAUAAACUGGUCUUUUAAAAAGUGGGCUUAUUAAAAAGUAUCUUGUGGAAAA